GUUGCUCAGGUCAUAUGUUCUUUAAGCUCUCUGUCUUCUAUGUAUAUUAUGUCUAUGGUGUGUGUGCGUGCGUGUGUGUGUUCUAUCUAACCUGUGCAUGGUUCUGUUUGUGUCUUUCUUAGAUAUGGAGUCCGGUGAGCGGCUUGCCCCUCCUUCCUCUGGCCCGGCCGUCUCUGCGGCCUCCUCCUCCUCACCCUCCUCUUCCUCGCCUGCCUCUUCCUCUUCAUCGGCCACCAACGCCAAGAGCAGCCUCAGCCACGCCGCCACUGCCACACUAGGGUCCCUGUUUGGGGGUGGUGAGCAGGUGUUCGGGGGCUCCCCUAUGACCUUCCCCCUGCUGGGGCACCCUGCCUUCGGCCUGCUGUCUCCGGGCUCAGUGCGCCCCGAGUUCGGGGGCCUGGGGGCGCUGGGCGUCACGGCAGCGCUGGCAGCGCACCCGCAACUGGGAGCUUUCACAGAGUGGUGGAGAGCCACGGAGGCCCAUGGCCACACAGCGGCAGCCUUCUUCCCCCCCUUCCUGAGCCUGCCGCCCCUCUUCGCCCCUCCUCUGCAGAACCACGAGGCCAGUCCCUACCAGUCCCGCACGCCAAGCAAGAGCCGCCGAUCCACCAAGGGUGUGAAUGGUGCGCUGAACGGCACCGUGGUCUCCUCCUCCGCCCUUAGCAAAGGCAGCAUCAGCAGCACCCUGGCCUCAGCGCACGGCACCCCGGACCAGGCCAAGGCCCCCGGCUCAAAGCCUCGUGCCCACAAGAGCAGCCCCCUCGACAGCAGCACAGCGGAGCUGCUGGACAAGAGCAGCAGGCAGAAGCCUAAAGAGAAGCGUCAGAGUCAGAGUUCUACUCUGGUCUUGCAGAAGCUACGUAAGAAGGCGGGCACAGGCUCGGCUGUGAGUGACAGCGAAUCAGGCUCCUCGGACAGCGACCUCGACGGCGUGAGCAGCAGCGACCUGGACGACCUGGACGAGGACGACGACGAAGAGGACGAUGACGACCAGAGCAAAGAGAGCGACGAGUCGGACUCGGAGAAGGAGCGACAGAAGAAGAAAGCAAAGCUACUAACCCCUACCUCUGGGCUCAAGAGAGACAAACCCAAGCCUUCCAGACCCCUCGACCCGCUGCUUCCCUCCAUGCAGCCGCCCCCCUCCCCACCCCCGGCCCACACCAGCGUGAUCCAGGCCAUCGGGCUAGCGGCUAGCACCAAACCUCUGGCCCUGAUCGCCCAUCCGAGGGGCCGCGAGGGCUCCUCCUCGCCCCAGCACCUGGCCUCCAUCUCCUCAAAGGCCUCGCCCCCCUCCCUGUCGCCGCCGGCGUCCUCCUCGGCCAGGCCCCGCCCCUCGUCCCCGCAGCAACUCCCCCUCUCGCUGUGCUCCUCCCCCAAGCCGCUGUCGGUGCCCUCACCGCCCCGGCCCCUGCCCCUCUCCUCCUCCCCGAAGCCCCCCUCCCUCUCGCCCUCGCCACGGCCCCCCAGGUCCAAGGCCCCCUCUCCACUCAAGACCCCCAACCCGUUGCUGGAGGCCUCCGCCAGCAGGAAGCUUCUGCAGGCGUCGCUGGCCCACCUCACGCAGUUCCGCCUCCAGCAGUCUUUUCUUUCUCAGGAGCAGGCCUUCCCUCUCCCCCUCAAGAGGCAGUCUGGCUCCUCCAAGACCAGCAGGAGGUCGGGUGUCCACUCCUCCUCGCCGUCACCCGCCUCUUCUUCCUCCUCGUCCUCCUCCUCGCUGCCCCCUCCCAAACUCACCCCCGAAGCCCUCAGCUCUCGAACCAAGGUCCCUUCGGAGGUCUCAGGGCUCCUUUUGCCCCCCGGCCUGCUGGGUCUGCACACCCCCAACGGGGUAAUCCAGCAGCCCCCCGCCCAGGACGCCCCGCUGGCCCUCACCACCAAACCCCGCGCCCCCAGCGCACAGCCCAGCAAGGGGGCCCCCUACACCCCCACUUCCAUCGCCGACACUUCCCUGCCGGUCAACCUCAGCACGGGGAGCAGUCGCACCCAGCCCCCAGCCGCCCUCUCUGCGGUGGGGGCCCUCCAGAGUGCCACCCCUCUGGCGGCCCCCGCCCCGACCGAGGGUGGCCGAGCCCGGGGCUCGCGCAAGAGCAAGUCCCCCAAAGCCCUGGCGGCAUGGAAGGGCAACGCGCAGAACCACCUGGCGCAGUCGCUGGUGGACUUGUUCCAGCACGGGGCGCUGCCCGAGGGCGAGCCCGCUGCCAGCAGCAAGGACUCGGACGACUCAGGGGAUGAUGACGACGAUGAAGACGACGACUUGGGGGACGAAGAGGACGAGGAUGAGGAGGACUCAGAUGACAGCCUUUCAGAGUCCGACAGUAACUCUGACGGCGAUCUGAACAGCUCGGAGAAGAAGAAGAAGAAGAAGAGCAGCGGUGACGCAGCCACGUCCGGAGAGAAGCUCAUCACCAAAGACCACGCCCAACUUUCCGCCUCGGCCAAUCACAGCCUCUCCGACUGCUCGCCACUCAACCUGCAGGUCAUCAAGCCCACCGGCAUGGUCACGCCCACCAUUGUGACCAGCGCAGGCGCUCUGACCUAUCACAGCUCUCCAUCCUCUUCCUACUCUUUGGGGAGCACGCCCCCAGGCUCAGCAAAGAGGAAGAGGGUGAUUAGUGAGGAGGAGCUGCGAAUUCCUCUGGAAAUGGGCUGGCAGCGAGAGACGCGGAUCAAGAUGGCCGGAGGUCGUCUCCAGGGCGACGUGGCAUACUACUCCCCCUGUGGGAAGCGUCUGCGACAGUACCCUGACGUGGUGAAGUAUCUAUCCAGAAAUGGAAUAGCUGACAUCACACGAGAUAAUUUUAGCUUCAGUGCAAAAGUAAUGGUUGGUGACUUCUAUGAAGCCAGAGAUGGACCCCAGGGUCUACAGUGGUGCCUGCUGAAGGAUGAGGAGGUCAUCCCCCGCCUGCUGGCCAUGGAGGGUCGGCGCGGGCGCCCCCCCAGCACGGAGCGGCAGCAGCGGGGCGCAGAGGACGGCUCGGGCUCCAGCGGGAGCUCGCGCCGCCGUAAAGGACGCCCGCCCAACGUGGGCGAGGCCGAGUUCCCCAGCCCCUCCGAGGCCAAGCUGCUGCGCAAGCUGGAGGCGCAGGAAAUCGCCCGUCAGGCAGCUCAGAUGAAGAUGAUGAGGAAGCUGGAGAAGCAGGCCCUCGCUCGAGCCGCCAAGGAAGCCAGGAAACAACAGGCAAUUAUGGCCGCAGAGGAAAGACGGAAGCAGAAAGAACAGAUCAAGAUUCUUAAGCAGCAGGAGAAAAUCAAGCGCAUUCAGCAAAUCAGGAUGGAGAAAGAGGUGCGAGCCCAGCAGAUACUCGAGGCCAAGCGGAAAAAGAGAGAGGAAGUUGCCAAUGCCAAAAUCUUAGAGGCAGAGAAACGGAUAAAGGAGAAAGAGAUGAGGAGGCAGCAGGGGAUCAUUCUGAAGCACCAGGAGAUGGAGAGGCAUAGACUAGAUAUGGAGAGGGAGAGAAGGAGGCAGCAUGUGAUGCUGAUGAAGGCCGUGGAUGCUCGCAAGAAGGCCGAGGAGCGCGAGCGCGUGCGCCAGGAGAAGCGCGACGAGAAGCGCCAGAAGCUGGAGAGGAAGAUGGAGCUGCGGCGGCUGGAGAUGGAGAUCGCCCGCGAGAUGAAGAAGCCCAACGAGGACAUGUGCCUCGCCGACCACAAGCCCAUGCCGGAGUUGUCCCGUAUUCCCGGGCUGGUGUUGUCUGGUACUGUGUUCUCCAAUUGCCUGAUGGUGGUCCAGUUCCUGCGGGCGUUUGGCAAGGUGCUGGGCAUGGACCCGGGGGAGGUGCCCACACUGGGCGUGCUGCAGGAGGGCCUCCUCAACCUGGGCAACAGCAUGGGCCGCGUGCAGGACCUCCUGGUGCGCAUGCUCUCCUCAGCCGUCAGCGACCCAGGCCUGCCCCCUGGGCAUAAGUCUAAGACCAUUCUGGGUGAGAACCUGACCGCGGUGGGCCUGAACCGGGACAACGUGUCCGAGGUGCUCCAGAUGUAUCUGGACGCGCACAGAUGGCAGUCGGGCCCGGUCCUUUCGCAGCUGGCCGACAGCAUGCGCACCAAGGCCUUCCAGGCGCACACGCCGGCCCAGAAGGUGUCUGUGCUGGCCUUCCUCAUCAGCGAGCUGGCCUGCAGCAAGAGCGUGGUCAGUGAGAUUGACAAGAGCCUGGACCACAUGACGGUCAUGCGCAGGGAUGAGCUGGCCAUGGAGGUGAAACUGAAAAAGCUGAAAAUUAUCCACGCUAAGCGCACAGGCAAGCGUGAGGUCAGUCUUGGGGGGGAGGAGCCUCCAUCGACAGGCACGCCCACUCCAGGAAUCAAACGCAAGAGGAAGGGCGGAGACAGCGAGGACGAGGAUGACGAAGACGAGGAGAGCGACGAGGCCGGAGACGAUGACGAGGAGGACGAAGAGGAGGAGGUGAAGAAAGGGAAGAAGGUGGAGACCUGUGACGAGGAUGACACAGACCAGGCAACCAGUGUGGAGGAGCUGGAGAAGCAGAUCGAGAAGCUGGCGAAGCAGCAGAACCAGAUCAGGAAGAAGCUGUUUGAGGCGUCUCACUCCCUGCGCUCCAUGAUGUAUGGCCAGGACCGCUACCGCCGGCGCUACUGGGUGCUGCCGCAGUGCGGGGGUGUCUACGUGGAGGCGCUGGAGAGUGGAGAGGGCCCAGAGGAGCUGGAGAAGGAGCGCGAACGCCUGCAGAGCUUCCAGGCCCUGCAGAUCAAAGAGGAGGCACCUGAAGAGCCCCAGCAGUCGGAGCUGCAGCAGGAGCAGGAAGAGGAGGAGGCGUUGCCCCUCGUUGACCCAGUGGAGGUCAAGGAGGAGGUGCCAGACGAGGAGGAGGAGGCGGAGGCGAUGGAGGAUGACGAUGGGGAAGAGGAGGUGAAGGAGGAGAAGCCAGCCGUAGAGGGAGCGGAGGAGGCCAUACCGAGCCCCAAGGAGGGCAGUGAGCUGAGCAGCCCCCCCACCGAGGAGCGACCGCCAACCCCCAGCGCUCUUCCCACUCAUCCCUCCUCCCCGGCCAAACCGGAAACCCUCCCCGAGGAGCAGCUCCCCGAGGCCCCACCACAGGCUGCUGAUGGAUCCCCCCAUCACUCAGUGCUUCCCAAUGGCUGCCUGCACGGUCUCUCCACGACAAUAACUGCCCCCUCCCCUCCGGACGCCUCCCUGGACCAGCAGCAGCCGCCCUUACCCAGCAGCCCCGGGGUGCCCCCAGCCCUGACACCCGCCGCGCCAUCCCUACUGGUCCUGCCACCGCUGCUCGCCGGAGCCUGCCCGGGAGGACCGCAGCAGUCCCAGCAGCCUUUGCUGCUGCCCAGCGACCAGCUCUUGAGGGUGCUGACGGAGAGAGGAGGCCACUGGUUUAGCUUGUUGCCGCGGGCGCCCUGUGAUGACGGCUCCUCACUACGCCCCCACCCGGGGCCCCGCGUAUCUGCCACUGCUGACCCCUCGGCCACCAGCGCUGCUGCGGCCCCCCCCACGGCCCCCGAUCAGCCCAAAUCACCCCCAUCCUGCUCACCCAAUCCACACCCGGCGAGCCCACUACAUUCCAUCACCACACCAGCUGCCAGCAGCUUCCCCAUUUCACCACUGCAGGGGAAGCCUGGCAUGGCCCUCCCCAUAUGUGGCUGGUCAGGAGGGCUGGCGACUCCCCAGCUGCCCCUCUGCAGCAGCCCGCUGCCCCACUACCCCUCUGGAGAGGGCAGCGCCAGCCCCAUGCUGCCCCCCAGCGUCAGCACCAGUAUGAGCGGCUCCCCCGCCCCCCACGGAGACAAGCCCCCCGGGGCCGACUCGCCCGUGCCCAUCCUGGAGCUGACCCGGCCGCAGGACCACCCCACGCCACAGCCCAUCCCAGAGGACAUGAUGCUGGGCUGGUGGAAGCUGUCGGACAUGGAGGAGCUGAGGGCCCUGAUGGAGAGCAUGCACAGCCGCGGCAUCCGGGAGAAGAGCCUGCAGAAACAACUCCAGAAGAGCAUGGAGCUCAUCGCACUGACCUGCAACAAGAACAAAGAAGUGGCGGUGAUGGAGGUGGCGGUGCCGGACGACGAGGGCCAGGUGUCCGAGGAGGUGGUGCAGAUGUGGUGUGUGGAGGAGCAGGCCAUGGAGACGGACAUCGCCCUGCUGCAGCAGGUGGAGGAGCUGGAGAAGAAGGUCACCGCCGCCAGCCUACAGGUCAAGGGCUGGAUGUUUCCGGAGCCCCAGUCGGAGCGUGAGGACUUGGUGUACUACGAGCACAAGAUCCCCACACCAGCGGCACCCCCUGAGGGCGGACGUGGAAACAGCAGCAGCGGAUCCGAUCGCGGAACGCUCCAGCGCCACCUGGACAACCCGCUGGACAUCGCCGUGAUGCGGCUGGCCGACCUGGAGAGCCACAUCGAACGAAGGUACCUGCAGAGCCCGCUGGGCAGUACCAUCCAGAUCAAGCUGGAUAACGUGGGCACGGUCACGGUGCCCGGCCCCUCACUUUCCACGGGCGCUCGCGGGGAAGGGAGCGAGGAGGAGGUUGCUCCGGGGCUGAAGAUGUGGAGGAAGGCCCUGACUGAGGUGAGGAGCUCCUCCCAGCUGGCCAUGUGCCUGCAGCAGCUGCAGAAGUCCAUCGCCUGGGAGAGGUCCAUCAUGAAAGUGUACUGUCAGAUCUGCAGGAAGGGGGAUAAUGAGGACCUAUUGUUGCUGUGUGACGGCUGUGACAAGGGCUGCCACACCUACUGCCACAAGCCCAAGAUUUUCACCAUCCCCGAGGGAGACUGGUACUGCCCAUCCUGCAUCACCAAGGCCAGCACCCAGUCUCCCAAUAAGAAUAAAAAACCUCAGACCAAGUCGCCAGCCUCAGCAAGGAGGGGCAACGAAGCAGCGAAACGCAACAGGAAGCAACCAGAGCCCGCAGAGGUGGAGCCUGCUGCUGCUGCUGCUGCUGCUGCUGCUGCUACUGCUACUGCUGCUGCUGCUGCUGCUGCUGAUGGUGCUACUGGUGGUGCUGUUGGUGGUGCUGCUGGUGCUGCUGCUGGUGCCACAGGGGCCAUGGGGCCACCGGCAGGGGCCACAGCUGGCCCCAGCACUCCACCCAAAAAGGGGGCCAAGGACACCAAGAAGAGCACCCCACCUCCGGCUGCCAAACAGGACAGCCCGGUGUGUGUAAAGCGCGCCAAGACGGCCAAGGACAACAACAGAGACCUGGGCUUGUGCAGGGUGUUGCUGGCGGAGCUGGAGAACCACCAGGACGCCUGGCCCUUCCUGACGCCCGUCAAUCUGAAAUCUGUCUCCGGCUACCGCAAGGUCAUCAAGAAGCCCAUGGACUUUUCCACCAUCCGUGAGAAGCUCGUUAGCAGCCAGUAUCAGAAUCUGGAGACGUUCAUCAUCGACGUGAACCUGGUGUUUGAGAACUGCGAGAAGUUCAACGAGGACAACUCGGACAUCGGUCGGGCCGGGCACAACAUGAGGAAGUUCUUCGAGAAGCGCUGGACAGAGCUGCUGAAGCAGACGAACUAAGACACCUCACUCUCUCUCCCUCUCUGUCUCUCUUUUCCUCUAUCUCCCUCUCUCUCUCUCUCUCUCUCUCUCUCUCUCUCUCUCUCUCUCUCUCUCUCGCUCUCUCGCUCUCUCUUUCUUUCACACUCUUUCUCCACACCAACCUCCAUCUCUCUCCCUGUGUGUUGCCCAGUCAGCUCUUCACUCUUUUGGCAGUGGACAUUUCAGAAACACUUGACUUCACAAACUUCUCCGUCAGGACGGAGGGACGGAGAAGUUUGAUCACUGCUGUCGCUCCGGAGCCCUUGGGGAAACGUUCUCUCGACCAGGCCUGGCUUCUCUGUCCCCAUAAACCACUCGUUUGGAUCGCUCACACACACUCAUACCCAAAGAGGCCCUGACUAGUAGGGGGGGAGGGUCUUCGUGCAAUACCAUUUCCUUAAAAGACAGAAAAAAAGGAAGAACAUGGCACUGAAACUACAACCAUCAGAGCUGUAACUAGAUAAAACACUUUCCACUACCUGUAAAUAUAUUUUUUAAGAACUUUAUGGUUAAUAUUAAUAGUGAAUGUAUUUAAUUUUGUAUUAUUAAUUAUUUAUGAAAGUAAAUAAAUAAAAAGCGGAAAAAAAAAUACAAAUUCAAAAUAAGGUCCAGUCUUCAUUUUCUAUGAAAAGGAAGAAACGGCAAAAACAAAACAAAACUAAAAACUGCUUUAAAAAAAACUUCUGGAAUGUUUAUUUGUUUUUUGUGUGUUCUGUUGUUUUUUUUUUCUCUCUUCUCCAAAUAUGAAAAUCAAAUCAAGAAAAAAAAAAAAAAAAAAAAUCACCAGAAAAACAAGGAAUCUGUUUACACUGAUCUUCAUGCCAGAGGACAUAUGGAGUAUUCAAAACAGCUCGACUGUAGAAACUACAUCUCUCUCUCUCUCUCUCUCUCUCUCUCUCUCUCUCUCUCUCUCUCUUACUCGCUCUCUCUCUGGCAGUGACCGCCCUCAUGUAUAUAACUGUCUAGUAAUGUCAAUAUUCAGUCUGGGAAUGAUGAUGUGUACAUAUUGUUUCAGACAUCAGAUAUGGUUUAUUGCCUUAGGAACGAUUGUAGCAUUCUCCUUAUGUUAAGUCUUAAAAACAAAAGGAAAAAAAUAGUGAUGGAACAUAUAUUGGUUGUACAAUUCUGCGCAUACAUAUCCACUGCGAACACUGUGGUCUCCUUAAAACUUGGUAGUGCCUGCCCUGAACAGAUAGGGGUGUAGGAAAAUAUUUUUAUUUUCAUUUUUUGUAACAUUAUUAUUAUUGUUAUUAUUAUUACUGUUAUUUUUUAAUAUAUCGAACACACCCACUUAAAUGGACAUACUGUAUUCAUAUCUAUCUGUGUGGAAAAAAAAGAAAUGUCAGGAGUAUUUUUUCAGUGAUGCCCCCCAUCCCUCUAUCUGCCUUGCCACAGAAAGGAGAACAGCAUCUGUGACCACUGUGUUGUGAGUCUCUAUCUUUCUUUCAUUCUCUCUCUCUCUCUGUUCCUUUCUUUUACUUUCUUUCUUUCUCUUUCUCUCGCUCUCUCUCUCUAUCUCUCUCUCUCUGUGUUGUGGCCUACUGGAGGCAGCUAGAACAGUUUUAUUUUGUACCCAAGUCAAAGUACUUGAAGUAAUUUUAUUUAAAGAAAAGAUAUUGUGGGACAUGAAAAAAACACACAAACGAUAAUUGUAGUGUUCUUUUUGUAGGAGCAUUAUUUUUCACUAGUAUGUGUGUGAGUGUGUGGAUGUGUGUGGCACGGGCCUAUUAAAGGAUGUUUUUAAACCA